AUGGUGACUGCACGGAGGAGGGGGUGUGAGGGUGCGUUCUGCCAGGUGGGGCUGGUGCUGGCGGGGAUGCCAGACCACGAGAAAAGGGACGCAGAACAGGAGCACAUGAAUGUGCCUCUGCCCAGUGAAGAUGAGGCAGAGAUGUCUAGCGACGACGGCUCCACUGUCGUCGCUAACAAAAAAACGAAAACAGGGGAAACAAGCAGGAUUCGCCCCCCUCUCACGAACCCGGCUUACAACAAGCAGGGCGCGCGCGCGCGUAAAACCCCGGCACGCCGGACUCACGACCCGGCGAGCCAGCCGGCCCCCAGCACGAGUGCAGGUUCGAGCCCUGCCUCAGCAGAACCAGCCCCUCAGGCACCCAAAAAGAUGCAGGUUAAACCCCUGUUUGUUUUUGUCGACCAGGCACAUAGCUACCCGGUCAUAAAAGCUGCAUUAGAUGCAGCCCUGCUAGAAAAGUGGUCGUGCAUAAGUAGAGGGCACGACCAGCUAAUGGUACACACCGCCACAGUCACAGAGUACCACAGGGCAGUGAAGGCCCUAGAAGCGGCCGGAGUGCAGCACUCCGUGCUACUACAGCGGGACGAGAUCCCAAAUAAAUUCGUUUUCUGCCGCGUCCACAGCAGCAUGGACAAGGCUUUCAUUCAGGGGGAGUUCCAAAGAAUGGGACUUCCAGUACAAAAUUUUUGGUUCCUGACCAAUAGGCAGACCAGGCAACCAAUAAACAAAUUAGUGGUUGAACUCCCGAAGGCCAUUAACACAGACAAGGUCUACGCCAUCAAGUCCUUUGGUGGCCUCAACAUCAGAGUUGAGGACUACAGGCACCCUAAGGGCCCACUACAAUGUGGGAACUGUCAGCGAUUUGGCCACUCUGGCAAAGGCUGCAGAGCCUCCCCUGUGUGUCGCUGGUGUAGCCAGGGCCACAAAACUGAGGUGUGCCCCCAGGGAGGGGACAAAAAACAGAUGAAGUGCGCGCGCUGCGACGGCCCGCACUCUGCGAACUAUAGAGGCUGCAUGGCCUUUAAGAGAGAAAACUGGCGUCACCUCCCGCAGCAAGAAAGGAAGGAACGCGAGCUACAAUCUAAGCGCGCAAUGCGCGACAAUAGGCGAGCUGCAGCAGCAGCUCCAGUCCCCCCUCCCCCGCAACACGCGGGCCCCUCUGGGUGCCAGCCCCAGCCCCCCAGACAAGCGUGGAGAGCCCCCAGCUACCCCGCCCCGCAACAGUACAAUCAGUACACAGCUUUGGCCGACAGUGAAUUCCUGAAGGUUGUCCAGCAAUCUAAAACCUUCGCCCAGGAUCCGAACCUGGCCCAGGUCCUAGAGCCGAUGUGCCAACUGAUGGCCAUCUGGUGCAACCCGGCCAUGUCCCUUCAGGACAAAGUACAAGCCACCAUGGGCUUCUGUGGCGGUGUGGCAGUGUGGCAGUGUGGUGGUGUGUGUAGUGGUGUGGCGGUGUGGCUGUGUGGCGGUGUGCAAGUGUGGCAGUGUGGUGGUGUGGUGGUGUGGCAGUGUGGCAGUGUGGUGGUGUGGCAGUGUGGUGGUGUGGCGGUGAUGAAGCGAGCGCGACUCGAACAAACAGCCUGGCGCGACGCUGCGGAGGUGCGCGAGGCGCGAUCUGAUAACCGCCUCGCCUGCCCGCUCGCUCCUGCAGCAGAGGAAGUGUUUUCCGAGCAACGACUGAGUCACGUUUCCCGGCUCUCGCGGGCCGCGUCACAGAUAAGCCUCGAGAUAACCUAUCACGCUGCCUCGCCGCACCUGGGAGCGGAGAUCCAGGCGAGGAUAGCUCGAGGGUGGACGCGCUGCUGUGCAACUCUCAUCUGCAACACAAACACACGGAUCAUGAAAAUGAGUCCGAGGAGAGCAUGGAGUGGCGUGAUGCUGCUGGCUGCCAUGCUGUGCAAUGCAGAUGCCAGAGCGGUAUGCGAGAGAUGCGUCUGCUCCAAUGAGAUCCUCGACUGCUCGAACCGGACGCUGGAAGCCCACUUGAGCGCCUCGGAUUGGACCGAGGCGAUGCGCACCAGCCCAGCCAUCUCGACAGCCCGCUUCGACUUCAACCAGAUUGUGCACGUCACACCUUUCCCUGCCCUGCCUCUCACCAGCCUCUCGCUCAGCCACAACAGCAUUGUCAGGGUGGACAAGUUUGCCUUCCAGAACCUCACAAACCUCACCGAGCUUGACCUCAGCUACAAUCAGCUGACAUCCGACCAGCUCACUGCAGACGUGUUUAAGGGCACAUACGCUCCAUCCGAGUACCAGCCGCUGCAAGCCAUGCGAGUGCUCAAGCUGGGGAACAAUGCGCUCCACAUGCUGCACUCGGACUUGUUCGUCCACCUGCCGGAGCUGGAAGUGCUCCUGCUGGAGAAGAACGAGUUCUACGUGCUGGACCACGUGACGGUGAUGGCGCUGUCCUCGCUGCCCAACUUGAAGGUGCUGGACCUGUCCUACAACGACAUGAGGACGUUCCCCGACACCCUGCUGCACAGCACGAGGCUGCUGGCCAGGCUCAGCCUGGAGGGCAACCAGCUGACCCGAGUGCCACAAGGUCUCGCCAACAGCCACCGGCUCGAGCACCUCUCGCUCAGCGACAACCCCAUACAGGCCAUCGACGCCGACACUGGCUUCCCCUGGCUGCCGUACCUCAAGUCCCUGCAGCUGAGCUACAUGGGCCAGCUGGAGCGCAUAGGCGCGGGCGGUCUCUCGCGGCUGACGGGGCUGGAGGAGCUGCACUGCAACCACAACCCUCGCCUCAGAGUCGUCGACGAGGCGGCCCUGUCGCGCUCCGAGGACGGCAACAGCCAGGCCACGUGGCCGCCGCUCAGGAAGCUUUGGUUGAAUGACAACGUUCUUGGUUACCUCAGCUCUCGACUCGUGGACAGAUGGGACAAACUGGACGUCAUAGAUAUCCAAAUGAAUCCUUGGAUAUGCGACUGUGAAAACCAGUGGGUCGUCAGUACACUGGUCAAAGUUGUCGAGAGUAAGAAUCCGGAUCUCGUGGAGGGAAUCAUGUGCGGCGCGCCAGAGGAGAUGAAGGGCCGCCGCGCCGCCGACCUUGAGGCGCGCCGCUACAACAUGCGCUGCCUGGACGUGGACGGAGCGCACCCCGAGCGUGACGGCGUGUUGCUCAUCGGCGUGCUGGUGGGCGCGCUGGUGGCGGCGCCGGCCACGCUCGCCGCCGUCUUUCUGUGGCGCAAGGCGCAGCAGCUGCUGCAGGGAAGGCGCGCCCAGGCCUACUCGCGCGCCUACUACACGCGCGCCACGUCGCACGACGACAUCGCGCCCUGAGCUGUAUCACCGGCACCUUCCUGCACUUCCCGUUGCAUCUCCUGCAGUUCCCACCCAACAGCUAGAGACCCGGAAAAAUUCGCGUGUUCAUUUCUUGUUAUGCUAAAAUUCAAAUAAUCAUACCUAGAGACCCGUGAAUUUCGCGGAUUCAAUGACCUCCAGGAUGGACUCUAAUAUCCUCUACACACUCGGGCAAAUGCCAACUGUUCAUUAUUGGCUGCUGACUUGUGAGUCGUCUCGACUGGGUGGCCUGUGAUUCGACACUUCUAUGAGUGAGGGUCUCUUAUUGGCCCUCAGUCCUCCAGAUUAACAGAGAACCAAUGGCAGAAGCAGCACUAAGGUAUAAUUAUUUUAAUUUUAGCAUAACACGAAAUGAUACCGCGAAAUUCACGGGUCUCUAAUCAUACCUUAGUGCUGCUUAUGCCAUUGGUUCUCUGUU